AAAUAAUUAAAAAUUCUUAUUCAAUACUAAUAUAUUUUUUUCAGGUGAAAAAAUAUACAAAGCUUCAAAAUCACUCCGAGACCACAUAGAGCAAACAUGAAUGAUAUUUCCCAAAAGGCUGAGAUUCUGCUUUCUUCAUCUAAACCUGUCCCAAAAACCUAUGUGCCAAAACUUGGCAAAGGGGAUGUAAAGGAUAAGUUUGAAGCCAUGCAGAGAGCCAGGGAAGAAAGAAAUCAGAGGCGCUCUAGAGACGAAAAGCAAAGAAGAAAAGAACAGUAUAUUAGAGAGAAAGAAUGGAACAGGAGAAAGCAGGAGGUGAAGGACCUGCUGGCCCCUGACGAGGAGGAGGAGGCGUCUGCUAAGGUGGAGAAGGCUUACGUCCCGAAGCUGAAAGGAACUGUGAAAGGCAGGUUCGCGGAGAUGGAGAAGCAGCGGCAGGAGGAGCAGAGGAAGCGCACGGAGGAGGAGCGGAGGCGCAGGCUGCAGCAGGACCUGCUGGAGAAGAGGAAGCUGCAGCGCGAGCUGGCCCGGCGCGCCCAGCAGAUUGAGGACAUAAACAAUACGGGAACUGAAUCAGCGUCAGAGGAAGGAGAUGAUUCACUCCUUGUCACAGUGGUACCUGUCAAGUCACACAAAACACCUGGAAAAAUAAGAAAGGAUUUCGAGGACCUGGAAGAAGAAAGAGAAGAAAAGGAAAGGGUCCCGGGUGGAGAGGAGCAGGGCGCGGGACGUGAGCAACAGCGGCCGUCCCUCAAGGAAGCCCAGUGCCUGUCGCUGGUCGUGGACGAUGAACUGGAUGGCGAGGCCACCAAGGAAGCCGUUUGUCCUGGGAAACUGAAGCUAACUUUUGAAGAGCUGGAGAGACAGAGACAGGAAAGCCGGAGGAAGGAAGCGGAGGCAGCGGCCCGGCGGCGCUUGGAGGACGAGAGGCGCGCCUUCGAGGAGGCCCGGCGGCAGAUGGUGAGCCAGCCGCCUGCCCGCGGGCGGGGCGCGGCUGUGCAGUUACGCGUGCCCGCGCCUGGCGGCGCAACAGCAUCCAGGAACACAGCUACUGUGAACACAACAGAAACUGCUCACACGUCACUUCUGGAUAUUGCUACCGACCUUAACGCCCUCACAAAGUUAUAUUUCUUAUACCACUUUGAUGUUGGUAAAAUGUACGGUUACCUGACAAACUUUAAUUUCGAGAAAGUUGAAGUACUAGAUGAUGACUCCCCAGAGAUAUAUAAAACAAUCUCUCAAGAAUCUCUUACACCGGGAAAACUGGAAAUUAAUUUUGAAGAAUUAUUAAAACAAAAAAUGGAAGAAGAAAAACGACGAACAGAGGAGGAACGGAAGCAUAAACUAGAAAUGGAAAAACAGGAAUUUGAACAACUGAGACAAGAAAUGGGAGAGGAAGAGGAAGAAAAUGAAACCUUUGAAUUAAGCAGAGAAUAUGAAGAAUUAAUCAAAUUGAAAAGGAGUGGCUCGAUUCAAGCUAAAAAUCUAAAAAGCAAGUUUGAAAAGAUUGGACAACUGUCUGAAAGAGAAAUACAGAAAAAGAUAGAAGAGGUACGAGCAAGGAGGGCGGCGAUCGACCUGGAAAUUAAAGAACGAGAGGCAGAAAACUUCCAUGAGGAAGAAGAUGUUGAUGUCAAACCUGCAAAAAAAAGCGAGGCUCCAUUUACUCAUAAAGUGAACAUGAAAGCUAGAUUUGAACAAAUGGCUAAGGCAAGAGAAGAGGAAGAACAAAGAAGAAUUGAAGAACAAAAGUUACUACGGAUGCAGUUUGAACAAAAGGAAAUUGAUGCAGCACUACAAAAGAAAAGAGAAGAGGAGGAGGAAGAGGAGGGCAGCAUCAUGAACGGCUCCACCCCCGAGGAGGAAGAGCAAACCGGGUCAGGAGCGCCGUGGUUCAAGAAGCCUCUGAAGAACACGUCAGUUGUAGAUAGUGAGCCUGUGAGAUUUACGGUUAAAGUAACAGGAGAACCCAAACCAGAAAUUACAUGGUGGUUUGAAGGAGAACUACUGCAGGAUGGAGAAGACUAUCAAUAUAUUGAAAGAGGAGAAACUUACUGCCUUUAUUUACCAGAAACUUUCCCAGAAGAUGAAGGAGAGUAUAUGUGUAAAGCAGUCAACAAUAAAGGCUCUGCAGCUAGUACCUGUAUUCUUACAAUUGAAAGUAAGAAUUAACCACUCCUUAAAAAAUCUAAUACUUUUAUUCUGAAAAAUCUAAUACUUUUAUUUAAAAAAUUUUUUUUCCUUUAAAAAGAAUGACUUUUCUUCUUCUUUUUUUAGCUGAUGACUACUAGCUCCCCUUCCCUCUGCCUGGAACUCACUCUCUCUCCGACUUUCUUACUGCAUCCAUCUUUUCUGUGGCGGGGCCAAAAAUGGAAACCAGAAGUGCCACUAAGCUGACUUCUUAUUCUUUUUCAUAACAGUCUUCAAAACACAAGCUCAUCUAAAGAAUACCUUCCUCCUUUCCAAAUGAGCACCAGAUUCAUCGCCAUAUUAUGCAGUUCAUGUGCAUUUAACAGGGAAAGUGGAACAUUUACUGAAAUAUUAUAUCAGAACCUAUUACAAAGGCUGUGCAUUUCCCUUACUUUCACAGCAAUGUUAAAAAAUAUCAUAAAUAACUCACUAUUUUGCACAAAAGUAUGCCAUCUAUGAGCUAUUUACACCUAAAAUUAGUCUGAAAUAGCUGAGACAAUGAAUUUGGAACCUAUCAAUUUGAGUGGAGGUUUUUCCUUAGUACAUCAUUUUGGUGGUUGCAGUUUCAGAACCUUUCUGAAACAGAUGUGUGAGGGUUUGGGGUACCACUCCUUUUAUGGGAAAGGGGGAGCAUAGAGAAAAAUUAAAGACUUUUAAGAAACAAAUGCCAGAGAAAACUGGAUAGAAACCACUGCCUAUACAGAGUUCUGAAUGCUGAAAAUAUUAUUAAAUGUACUUUUCAAAUGUGUGUAAUAUAUGCUCAAGUUUAUAAAACAAAUUUAUGUUGUGACCUUGCCUGAACAAAUUUCAGUGAGAAACUUUGUAUUAGUAGUCUCAGAGGAUAACACACUUUCAACAUAACUGAAGGUUUCAACAUCUAAGAGGAUUAGAUUUAGAAAAAAAGGCAGUCUUCAAUUUCAAAUUCUGGUCUUUAAAAUGAGUUUGUAAAUAGUUACUAUGUUCUAUUAUCAAGUUGUUUUAUAUUUUGAUUUUCUGGAAGACAGUUUUAUUUUACAAUGUAAACCCAUAAUAAAGUAACUUCUAUAUUAAAAAAGUCUCAGUAUUUUAGAAAACAGACAAAAUACACUUCCUUGUAAUAUUCAUCAAUGUACAUUUAUUUUUUUAUUGAGGAAACCAUAAUACAAAAUUACAGCAAUCUUGUGUCCUUUUACAUACAAUGUCAUUAAAGCAAACUCUAAACCACA